UCAUCUUUCAACUUUUCAACCCUAAAAUUCUCUCUCUCUACCGGCCAGCGGCUCUGCUACAGUGCACGGCAUCUCCGGCGGCGGGUGGCGGCGGCGGCGGAGCGGAGCCACGACCUCUGAGGAGCGGCGGCGGCUCCUGGACGGCAGCGUCCACCAGCUCGAUCCUCUCUUCGGGCGGCGGAUCCCUGGCCCGAGAAUAUGAGCAGCUUGGUCGAACGGCUACGUACUAGAUCAGAACGAAGGCCAAUUUACAGUAUAGAUGAAUCGGAUGACGAUGAUUUUGUUCUCCGAAAACCUGGGGUGACUCAGGACAAGCUAGAAAAGAUAGUCAGGGAUGACGCGAAGGAAGAUUCAUGUCAAGCCUGUGGUGAAAGUGAAAAUCUUUUGUGCUGUGAGACGUGUAAUUAUUCUUACCAUGCCAAGUGUUUGAUUCCGCCACUCAAAGCUCCUUAUCCCAGCAAUUGGAAAUGUCCUGAAUGUGUUAGCCCCUUAAAUGAUAUUGAGAAGAUUUUAGACUGUGAAAUGCGCCCCACUGCAGCUGACGAUAGUGAUGCUUCUACACUGGGUACAAAGCAAAUUUUUGUGAAACAAUAUCUUGUGAAGUGGAAGGGAUUGUCCUUUCUGCAUUGCACCUGGAUCCCUGAGAAGGAGUUUUUUAAAGCUUUCAAGUCAACUCCACGGUUAAAGACAAAGGUGAACAACUUCCACAAGCAAAUGGCAUCAAACAAUAAUGCCGACGAUGAAUUUGUUGCCAUAAGACCAGAAUGGACUACAGUUGAUCGGAUUAUUGCAUGCAGGGGAAAUGAUGAUGGAAAGGAAUAUCUAGUGAAGUGGAAAGAGCUUUCCUAUGAUGAAUGUUACUGGGAAUUCGAGACGGAUAUAUCUGCGUUCCAGCCGGAAAUUGAAAAAUUUAAUCAAAUACAGACCAGGUCUCGCAGAUCAUCUUAUACUAAACAAAAGAGUAGCCUUCGAGACUCUUCCGAUCUGAGGAAGAAGCAGAAGGAGUUUCAUCAGUAUGAACAGAGUCCAGAAUUUCUUACAGGCGGUUCACUGCAUCCAUAUCAGCUUGAAGGUCUUAAUUUUCUACGCUUCUCUUGGUCUAAACAGACACAUGUGAUUCUUGCUGAUGAGAUGGGUCUCGGCAAAACUAUACAGAGUAUUGCUUUUUUAGCAUCUCUGUUUGUAGAAAAUUUAUAUCCAUUCUUAGUUGUAGCUCCACUUUCUACUUUGCGGAAUUGGGAACGGGAAUUUGCUACAUGGGCACCUCAAUUGAAUGUCGUCAUGUAUGUUGGCUCUUCCCAAGCUCGUGCCAUUAUACGGGACUACGAAUUUUACUUUCCUAAGAGCAAGAAGCUCAAGAAAAAAAAAUCUGGCCAGCUUGUUAGUGAGACCAAGCAAGAUAGGAUAAAAUUUGAUGUCCUCUUAACAUCGUAUGAGAUGAUUAAUCUGGACACAGCAUCAUUGAAGCCGAUUCAGUGGGAAUGCAUGAUUGUUGAUGAAGGUCAUCGUUUGAAAAAUAAGGAUUCUAAAUUGUUCCACUCAUUGAAGCAGUAUUCAAGCAGACAUCGAGUCCUAUUGACUGGAACCCCACUUCAGAAUAAUCUGGAUGAGCUUUUUAUGCUUAUGCAUUUUCUUGAUGCUGGGAAGUUUGGAAGCUUGGAAGAAUUCCAGGAAGAAUUUAAGGACAUCAAUCAGGAGGAGCAGAUUAUAAGGCUGCAUAAAAUGCUGGCUCCACACCUUCUCCGAAGAGUAAAGAAAGAUGUCAUGAAGGAGCUGCCCCCAAAGAAGGAACUUAUUUUACGUGUUGAGUUGAGUGCAAAACAGAAAGAAUACUACAAGGCCAUUCUAACCCGUAAUUAUCAGAUACUAACACGGCGAGGUGGUCCCCAGAUAUCUUUGAAUAAUGUGAUUAUGGAACUGCGGAAACUGUGUUGCCAUCCUUACAUGCUAGAGGGAGUUGAACCGGACAUAGAAGAUAGUGGCGAAGCCUACAAACAACUCCUGGAAUCUUGUGGAAAAUUGCAGCUGUUGGACAAAAUGAUGGUGAAGCUUAAAGAGCAAGGACAUAGAGUGCUUAUUUAUUCACAAUUCCAGCAUUUGUUAGACUUACUUGAAGAUUACUGCACUUACAAGAAAUGGCAAUAUGAAAGGAUAGAUGGCAAGGUAGGUGGAGCAGACAGACAAGUACGUAUUGAUCGCUUUAAUCAGAAAUCCUCCACCAGAUUUUGUUUCCUUCUCUCUACAAGAGCUGGAGGCUUGGGAAUAAACCUUGCUACUGCAGACACCGUAAUUAUAUACGACAGUGAUUGGAAUCCACAUGCUGAUCUACAAGCAAUGGCCAGGGCUCAUCGACUUGGACAAACCAACACAGUAAUGAUAUACAGAUUGAUUACCCGAGGUACCAUUGAAGAAAGGAUGAUGCAAAUGACUAAGAAAAAGAUGGUUUUGGAGCAUCUGGUGGUUGGAAGGCUAAAGGCUCAAAACAUUAACCAGGAAGAGUUAGAUGACAUAAUAAGAUAUGGCUCAAAGGAGCUAUUUGCUGAUGAAAAUGAUGAAGCUGGAAAGUCCCGCCAAAUUCACUAUGACGAUGCUGCCAUAGAUAGACUACUUGAUAGAGAACAAGUUGGAGUUGAAGAGACGACAGUGGAAGAUGAUGAAGAUGAUGGAUUUCUGAAGGCCUUCAAGGUGGCGAAUUUCGAAUAUAUUGAUGAAGUAGAGGCUGUAGCUGAAGAAGAAGCGCAGAAGGCUGCUGAAGAGAGUAAAUCUAACAUGAGCAAUUCAGAAAGAACAAAUUUCUGGGAAGAGCUGUUAAGAGAUAGAUAUGAAGUGCACAAAGUCGAGGAGUUUAAUGCCUUGGGGAAGGGGAAGAGAAGUCGAAAACAGAUGGUAUCUGUUGAGGAUGACGAUCUUGCCGGACUGGAAGAUGUGAGUUCCGAAGAUGAGGAUGAUAACUAUGAAGCUGAAUCCACUGAUGGUGAAGCUGCUCUUCCUGGAAUUCAAACUGGAAGAAGGCCUUAUAGAAAGAGAUCUAGGGUUGACAGUACGGAGCCACUUCCUCUUAUGGAAGGUGAAGGACGAUCAUUUAGGGUACUGGGAUUCAAUCAAAAUCAGCGGGCAGCCUUUGUGCAGAUUUUGAUGAGAUUUGGAGUUGGUGACUUUGACUGGAAGGAAUUUACUCCCCGUUUAAAGCAGAAGACUUAUGAGGAAAUUAAAGAAUACGGAAGACUAUUCUUGAGUCACAUCGCUGAAGAAAUUACAGAUUUGCCAACCUUUGCAGAUGGUGUACCAAAGGAAGGACUUAGAAUACAAGAUGUCCUUGUCCGAAUUGCUCAAUUGAUGCUGGUAAAGGAAAAGGUGCUGUCAGCAUCAGAAAAUGUUGGGGCACCACUUUUUCCAGAGGAAAUAUUAUUGCGCUAUUCUGGAUUGAAGCCUGGAAAAUUUUGGAACGAGGAACAUGAUUUAUUGUUACUGCGAGCUGUGCUCAAGCAUGGAUAUGGACGAUGGCAAGCUAUUGUGGAUGACAAGGACUUGAGGGUUCAAGAGGUCAUCUGUCAGGAAUUAAAUCUCCCCUUUAUAAAUGUACCUAUCCCAGGACAGGUUCCUGUUCAACCUCAAAAUGUUACUAAUAGUACUGAUGCAACUGCAAGCAACAACCAGCCCCAGGGAAAUGGCAAUGGAAAUGAUCCAGCCGUUAAUGUAUCACAGAGAGUGACUGAAACUGCCACCCAGGGACAGGUGUAUCAAGAUUCUAAUCUUCUAUAUCAUUAUAGAGAUAUGCAGAGAAGACAAGUUGAGUUUAUCAAGAAAAGGGUGCUUCUUUUGGAAAAAGGACUUAAUGCAGAGUAUCAGCAAGAUUACUUUGGAGAGUUAGGAGCAAAUGGGAAUGCUUCUGAGGCGCCUGAAUCUGAACCUCGAGCACCAGAGGCACCCCCUCCAAGCUCUGAUAAUGUUGAUAUGAAGAUAAUUGAGCAGCUGCCUCAGAUUAAAGUCAUUGCUGCAGAGGAAAUCUCCACUGUUGCUUGUGAUGAUGAUUCAGACCGAAUGGAGCUUGCGCGGGUGUAUAACAAGAUGUGCAAGGUUGUUGAGGAUAAUGUUCAUGAAUCAGUGCAGACGUUCUAUUCUGACAGCCCGGCCAGUCAUAAGUUGCGGAAGAACCUUAUUCCGCUUGAAAACGCCUUUGAAAGCAUAACUCGAAUCCUAACACCUGAGUCAGGUGACCCUCCUAAGUCAGAAGAUCCAGUGGUUGGUCCAGGUCAACAAUCAAAGGCUGAAUCGUCCAAAACCACUUCUGCAUCCUUCACUCAAGAAAAUGGCAGCGCGAGUGCUGCCAUGGCAGACACUGAAAUGCAGGAGUUAAAUGAAGAUACGUCGACGACAGAAAGCAGGUUAGCCUUAGCCCGUGAGAAUUGCACGCGGGAAGAGUAUGUGCCUCCAGAUGAUGCUGCCGCUGGUGAAGAUGCUAACUUACCUGGGAUUGAACCUUCAAGCUCGGCUGUCACUAAGGACGACGAUGUGGAAAUGAAAGAGCAGAAUGUCCCUGACGAGGCAGAAAACCCCGAACCCAAUGGAGAUGGUGGUACUUCUGAGCCUGUGAUCGUAUCGGACGACUAAAAGAUACAGCGGCGACAUUGCUGACCCAGCAGCAGGGUCACCUCUUUAAGAAUAAAGUUCUUACAGACUAUCAUUCCGAACCAUCUGAAUCUUACAUUAUUGAUGCAUGAGACUUUUAUUGCUAGACUCUUUGCUCGGGAGGUCCCGACGGAAACGAUGCGCCCGUCUCAUUUGGAUUUUCGAGGUCGUUUGUUUCUCUGCUGUCUCGGCAUCUCCUAAUCAUUUGGAGUCGGUUUACAGUUAAUUGUUUAAGACUGGUAUGGUGCAGUUUAAUUGCCGAGAGACUUGAUCUUUGCUGCAGUUUGAGACUUUGAACAGAAUAAUGGCUUGUGCCAAUGUUUGACCGGCAGGGCGUAUGGAGGGGCACUCCAUGUACAUAUUUUCAUAGCAGCUUUUCAAAUUUACUUUUCAAAUUUACCUUCUGCAAUAUUUGCUAUA